CGUUGCGCCGGUCUUAAAGUCGUUGAAGGAAGGGGGUGGGGCGGAGUUGGGUAUUUUUUGUCCCCUCGACCGAGGGACCGGGCUGUACCAAGUGCCCAGGGCCGGGGGGGGGCGACGGGAAGAUGGCGCAGGCCCUGUCAGAAGACGAGUUCCAGCGCAUGCAGGGGCAGUUGCUGGAGCUGCGCACCCAGAACUACCAGCUAUCCGACGAGCUGCGGAAGAACGGGACAGAGCUCCAUGGGCUCCGCCAGCGCGUCACCUUCCUGGACAAGGAGCUCAGCAAAGCCCAGAAGGCUCUCAGCAAAAGCAAGAAAGCGCAGGAGGUAGAGGCACUGCUGAGCGAGACAGAGAUGCUUCAGGGGAAGCUGCACAGCCAGGAGGAUGACUUCCGGCUGCAGAGUAGCACCUUGCUGGCUGAGCUCUCCAAGCUGUGCAGCCAGAUUGAGGGGUUGGAACAGGAGAAUGCACGGCUGCGGGAGGGGGCCCCAGCACCCCCUCCAGCCCCCCCUGGCCCUGAGCUGCUGCGGCUGCAGGCAGAGAACACAGCACUGCGCCAUGUGGCAGCCUUGCAGGAUGCAGGGAGCUGGGGCACUGGGGGUUGUGGCGAUGGCCCCCCUGGGGCAGGGGAGGGGCCAGGGGACCCCUCCCAGGGCCCCCCUCCACCUGGACUGGCUGAACUAGAGCUGAGCUGGGAGACGGAGAAGGAAGAAAAGCGGCUGCUGCAGGAGCAGCUCCAGUGCACCCAGGAAUCCCACCAGGCAGAGGUGUCCCGGCUUCAAGAGGAGGUGAAUAAGCUCACAGAGAAGCUGAAGAAAAAACAGGAGAGUUUCUUGCGGCUUCAGGCGGAGAAGGAGGCUCUGUACAAUGACAGCAGGAUGAAGCUAGCAGAGCUAGGACAGCGCCAGGAUGAGGAACUGCGGGGCCUGCAGCUGCGCAACCAGCGGCUGCAGCAGGAGCUGGAGGCAGCCACUCAGAGCUGCACUGAGGCCCAGGAGCAGAUACAGUUGCGGAGCCAGGAGCAUGAGGUGGCAGUGCAGGCCCUGCAGGAGCAGGCGGCCUCCCAAAGUGCUGAGACCCAGGAGCAGGUGGAGACAAUCCUGACAGAGAAUGAGGCCCUGCGCACCAGCCUGGCUGCCCUGGAGCAGAUCCAGUCCUCACGGACGCAGGAGCUGAACCUACUGCGGGAGCAAGCGUUGGCACUGGGGCAAGAGCUGCAGCAGCGUCGGGGCCAGCAGGAGACGCUCAGCAUCCAAUGCGAUGAUCUCGCCUCUCAGCUCCAGGAGUCUGUCAAGGCUAACGAGCAGCUGCUGGAGCAGCUGCAGGAGCUGGGAGAGGAGAAGCAGCGCCUCCUGCUGGAGCUGGAUGAGACUCGAAAGACUGCUGAGAAGCGCAAGGGGCUGCUGGAUGAGUUGGCAAUUGAGGGGCAGCGGGAACGUGGUCGGCACCAGGAGGCACUGGAGGGGCUGCGAUUGCAGCAGGAGAAGGCAGUGCUGGGCCUACGGGCGCGCUACGAGCGGGAGCUGCGGGAGCUCCAUGAGGAGAAGAAGCGGCAUGAAGAUGAACUGCGUGGGCAGCUGCGUGACGAAAAGCAGGCCCGGAGCCGGGAGCUGGAGACAGUUCAGCAGACAGCUGAGGAGCUGCAACUUCAAAUCCAGGCCAUGGAUGGCACCAAGGGAUGGUUUGAGCGGCGCCUGAAGGAGGCUGAGGAGCUCAUGGAGAAGCAGCAGGCAGAGCACAAGGAGGCACUGAGGCUGUGCAAGGAGCAGCAUGUGGCUGAGCUGGAGCAGAAAGAUAAGGCCAUGGAGGCCACACGGGCAGAGCUGAGGGAGGCUGAGCAAGCCCAGGAGGAGCAGGACCAGGUCAUCCAGCAUCUCAAGCAGGAAGUGAAGGACAUGAUGGAUGGGCAGCGCAUCCUGGAAAAGAAGGGCAGUGCUGCGCUGAAGGAUCUGAAGAGGCAGCUGCAGCUGGAGCGGAAGCGAGCAGACAAGCUUCAGGAGAGGCUGCAGGAUGUCCUGACCAAUAGCAAAGCCCGCCCCGAUAUCUCGUGGGAAGAGCACUCGGCCAAAUCCGAACAGUUGCAAAGCUUCCUCACGUGCGUGGAUGAGCUCUAUCUGACUCAAGAAGUCUACGGGGCAAUGAGAGGCAAAGCACUGCUUGACCUGGUGCUGGCAACCGGGGACAACCUAAUCGGUGACCUAAUGAUUGAAGGGAAGCCGGGUGACAGCAACCAUAAGCUGAUCACCUUCACCAUCCACCAAAAAGCUGUCAAUCAGUCAGCAAUACAGAGGUCCUCGACUUCAGGAGGGCUGACUUUGACAAGCUCAGGAGACUUGUCGGUGAGGCCCUAAGGGACCACGACCCCAAAAGGAGGGGAGUUCAGGAAGAGUGGUUGCUCCUCAAGGGAGCAAUCCUUGAUGCACAAGCUAAGGCUAUUCCGUCUCGGAGGAAAGGCAGCAAGAGGGCACAGCACCCCCCUUGGCUUUCCAGGGAACUGGCGGUCCUCCUGCAUCUAAAAAGACAGACCUACAAAGGAUGGAGGACAGGAUCCACCUCCAAGGAGGAAUAGUUUGCACUGGUUCAGACCUGCAGGGAGCAAACCAGGAAAGCAAAGGCUGCCAUGGAACUCCAACUGGCUCCAAGUAUCAAGGACAAUAAAAAGUCCUUUUUUAGAUAUGUGGGGAGCCGGAGGAAAAGCAAGGGCAACACUGGAUCCCUGCUAAACCAAAAGGGAGAACUGACAACCAACCCCCAGGAAAAAGCCAACUUGUUAAAUGGGUACUUUGUGUCAUUCUUUCACAAGUCCCAUGGGGCGCCCCGGCCCAUUACGGGACAGGGAUGCCUAAGCGAGGGUGGUUCCUUGCCCUCCAUCAGUGCUGACCUUGUGAAAGAACAGCUUGAGAGGCUGGACACCUUCAAGUCAGCCGGCCCUGACCAUCUGCACCCCAGGGUACUCAAGGAGCUGGCUAGGAUCAUAGCUCAGCCCCUGGCAUGGAUCUUUGAAGGCUCCUGGCACUCUGGUGAAGUGCCUGAUGAUUGAAAGAAGGCCAAUGUGGUGCCUAUCUUCAGGAAAUGGAGGAAAGUGUAUCCAGCAAACUACAGGCCCAUCAGCCUGACCUCUAUCCUGGGGAAGGUCUUAGAAAAACUCAUCAAGGAGGCCAUUCUUAACGGACUGGCCAGUGGCAACACCCUGAGAGAUGGCCAACACAAGUUCGUUGCGGGUAGGUCAUGCUUGACCAAUCCCAUUUCCUUUUACAACCAGGUAAUCUAUCACCUGGACAAGGGGGAAGAGAUUGAUGUCAUAUAACUUGACUUUAAAAAAGCCUUUGAUCUGGUAUACCACGAUCACCUUUUGGCAAAACUGGCCAACUGUGGCCUCGGGUCCACCAUGAUCCGCUGGCUGGGGAAUUGGCUUCAUGGUCAGACCCAGAGGGUGGUGGUUGACAGAAGUCAAUUGUCAUGGUGCCCUGUGACCAGUGGGGUCCCUCAAGGCUCUGUCCUUGGACCUAUUUUGUUCAGCCUCUUCAUUACUGAUGUGGACAUUGGAGUCAGAAGCAGACUGGCCAAGUUUGCCGAUGAUACCAAACUUUGGGGUAAAGCAUCCACACCUUAGGACAGAGGGGUAAUCCAGUCUGACCUUGACAGGCUCAGUAAAUGGGCAGAUGAGAACCUGAUGGUGUUUAACACUGAAAAACGCAAGAUUCUCCACCUUGGGAGGAAAAGCCUGCAGCAUGUCUAUAGGCUCAACAGUGCUAUGCUGACUAGCGCUAUGGAUGAGAGGGACUUGGGGGUCAGGAUUGACCACAAGAUGAACAUGAGCCUGCAAUGUGAUGCUGCAGCCAGUAAAGCAAGCAAAAUGCUGGCUUGCAUCCAUAGAUGUUUCUCAAGCAAAUCCCAGGACGUCAUUCUCCCGUUGUACUCGGCCUUGGUGAGGCCGCAGCCAGAGUACUGCAUCCAGUUUUGGGCUCCACAAUUCAAAAAGGAUGUGGAGGAGUUUGAGAGAGUCUAGAGGAGAGCCACACACAUGAUCAGAGGUCAGGAAAACAGACCUCAUGAAGAGAGGCUGAGACCCAUGGGACUUUUCAGCCUGGAAAAGCACAGGCUCAGGGGUGACCUGAUGGUCAUCUAUCAGUUUAUCAGGGUGUUCACCAGGAUCUGGGGGAACGUUUGUUCACCAGAGCACCCCAAGGGAUGACAAGGUCAAACGGUUAUAAACUCCUGCAAGACCAUUUCAGGCUGGAUAUAAGGAAGAACUUCUUUACUCUCUGAGCCCCCAAGGUCUGGAAUGGCCUGCCGCCUGAGGUGGUUCAAGCACCUACUUUUAACGCCUUCAAGAGAAACCUGGAUGUUUUUCUUGCUGGGAUCCUAUGACCCCAGCUGAAUUCCUGCCCCUGGGGCAGGGGGCUGGACUCGAUCUUCUGAGGUCCCUUCCAGCCCUAAUGUCUAUGAAAAUCUAUGAAAUGUAUCAGUAUAUUAUGCAUCCAAUAUCCAUGGUACAUAUCGUUUGCAUCCUUUUUCAUGUCCUUGUGACAAGGUGUUUAAAAGAAUUCACAAGUUCAUUGGAAUCUGACAGGCUGCGCGGCGAGCACUUCUGCUAUGGCCUCAACCUUGUGACCUCUGGGCUAUUAACUGGGCACCUCAGUGCCUGCACCACCCCAGUGCCUAGACAUCAUGUUCUAUAGCAUAUGUUAAAUAUUAUAUGAUAUAUAGCAUAUUAUGUAUAAUAUAUCUGUAUAACAUGUCAUAUUUCUUGUGAGCAUAGUAGAUCUGGACCAGAGAAAUGAAGUAGUGUAAGCUAUUGAAUCUAACUUAACAUGUGCACAAUACAUGUACACACACAGAUAUGCAUUUAUAAUAUAUCAAGUGAAUUUGUAACUUGUGUUCAUAA